AUGAAGCACAUUCUGGUCUUUUUACUUUUUGGUGUGGCUUUAGCCUUUCCAAAAGAAAAAUCUCUCCAUCCAGAUACUGGGUUAAAUAUCAUGGAAUUAGCUGCAAGACAUGGUUAUCCGUUCGAAAUUCACGAUAACAUCCAAACCGAAGACGGUUAUUUACUUCAACUUCAUAGAAUUCCACAUGGAAGAAAUAAUUCAGCAACUCCUAAUCGCCCAGUGGCUCUUUUAAUGCACUGCUUGACUUGUAGCUCUGGAUUAUGGGCGGCUUAUGGGCCAGAAAAAGGAUUGGCUUUUAUGCUAGCUGAUUUGGGGUAUGAUGUUUGGAUGCCGAAUGCAAGAGGAAAUAUGUGGUCAAGAAAACAUAUAACAUUAGAUCCCGACGUCGAUAAAGAUGAAUUUUGGAGGUUUAGUUGGCAUGAAAUAGCUGUUUACGAUGUUCCGGUAUCAAUCGAUUAUAUUUUGGCAAAAACGGGGGAAGAGAAAUUAUUUUAUGUUGGUCAUUCACAAGGUACAACAACUUUUUAUGUUAUGGCAGCUGAAAGACCUGAGUAUAACAAUAAAAUAAGAUUAGCCGUUACAUUAGCCCCGAUUGCUUAUAUGCCUAAUUUAACUAAUGAAUUUAUAAGAUUAUUAGCUGAAUACGUAGAUGAAUUAGAUGUAAUAGCCGAUAUUAUUGGGUGGCAUGAAUUUGCACCAAAUAUGCCUUUCUUUGACGAAUUAGCAGCAGUUUGUUCUGAUAAUUCACCGUUAGAAGGAAUUUGUGAAAACGCCUGGUUUUUAAUUUUUGGCCAAGACUCUACUCAAAUGGAAGAAAAUAUGGUUCCCGUUUUCGCAACUCACGUUCCAGCUGGAUCAUCGAAAGAACAAUUUGUACAUUAUGGCCAAGAAAUCAUAUCAGGACAUUUUAGACAAUUCGAUUUUGGAAUGAUUAGAAAUUUAAUUCAUUACGGCCAAAUAACACCUCCCGAUUAUAAUACGAGAGCGAUCACAGCACCUGUCGCUUUAUAUUAUGCUGCUAGCGAUAGUUUUGCAGCUAUUGUUGAUGUGCAACGUUUAGCUAAUGAACUUCCAAACUUGGCCAAAAAUUAUUUAGUUCCCGAUCCCAGUUUUACACACGUUGAUUUCUUGUUAUCAGAGAAUGUUGUUGAAUUAGUUUAUAAUGAUAUUAUUGAUUUAAUGAGCAAAUAUGAGGAAGUUUGGCAAAAAGAAAGAGGCUGA